AUGUCCUCAGGAGAGGUGGCUCUGUACGUGCUCGCCCUCCUCUCCUCCUGCCAGAAGCCCCAGCACGUCCAGGCUCUGGGGCGCACGGUCAACCUGCUCCGCAUCCUGCAGCAGAAAACGGACGAGGAGAUGGCCAGCCUGGAGGCGAUGGGCGUCCCAAAGACCACCCUGUACAGCUUGAGCCUGGACGCCCUGGGCCUGUGCCUGACAGGGACGAGUGGCUAACAAGUGGCAUCCCUGGUCCCGGCCCAGAAAGUUCUGAGCCGCACAAACAACCUCUCCGUGGACACCCGUGCCGUGGCGGCGCUGGCACUGGCGUGCACGUACAACCGGACGGACCUCCAUGAUGUGAAGGACCUGCUCCAGGAGGCACUGUCGACGGUGACCAACGGCUUCCUCAACGAGCAGGAGGAGAAUGGUGGCAUGAUCGGGAACAUCUACAGCAUGGGGCUGGCCCUGCAGGCGCUGGGGGCCACGAGGAAUUUCUACUCCCCGCGGGAGUGGAACUGCUCCCAGGCCUUCUCUGUGGUGUACAGCCAUGACUACCACCAGCCCAUGGCCAUCGCCCAGGUCCUGCCUGCCCUCGUGGGCAAAUCCUACCUGCAAGCAGCUAGCCUGAACUGCGGCUUCAAAGCCAUCUG